AAAAAAAGGAAAUUCAGAAAAAGUGAGGGGGGUAUCCCAAAAAAAAAUCGGACAUACAAGAGUAAAAUUUUUUCAUCCAAUCGAUGAAUAAUUGCGCAAUCGAAUCAUUUGUUCGGUCCAAUAGAAUUAGAUAAUUUUUUUUCUAUUAGAAAGAUACAGCCCUAUACCCUGCGAAUGUUUACUUUUUCCUCCCCUACACUUUUUAACUUACAUGGCAUCUCACCUUUCUAGCAUCAGGUAGUUUUAACAUAGUAUUCAAGUUACUAUUGUGCUUGAACCAAACGUAUCAAAAGUACCGUGUUUACUUCAAUAAUGUCUUUAUCGUUUCACGUUUAGGCGGCAAGAUCCUAUCGUUUAAAUGAAUUUACUUUAGACAGUGUAUUGCGUUUGCUGAUAUAUAGACGUUCCCUGCAUGUCGUUGAUCUCUGACUCCAAACCCGGAUGCGACAUAGAUAGAACUCGUUGCCAUGUCUGUUCAAGGGAAUUUUCAUCGCCAUCUAACAGAAACAAGCACGCACUUCGGUUCCACAAUACACCCACCCCUGCGAAUGUUGGAAGACCCUCAUUAGGUGGAAGGAAACAAGCUAACCAUAGGUACUACAAGAAAAGUACAACAGAACAAGUCAGACCCAAGUGUGCAUUGCUUUUGACAUCAGCAAGAGAAGAAUUCACGGCUUUGGACAAAGGGUUCUCGUUAGCGCUCGACUCAAGCUACUGGGAAUUUUUGACAUUCGAACUCGUGAUCCGUUACGUACGGAAUUAUGAAUUGUUCUUUGAGCAUGAAGUCUUCUUUAAUUCGACGUCUCCCCUGAGUGUUAUAUAUUCUAGCAAUAGCUACUCUCGCGAGCAUAUGGUUGUUUGUCAAAAGUUUUGGACUACCCCUAUGUCCAAAUUUAAUUGUUUACUUAGAGCUUACUGUAAAGCUUUUAUGGGAUAUUAUCAUGCUCAAUAAUAAAUUGACUUACAU